UACACUUCUGUUUCAGAUCAUCACUACCCUAAAAGACUUUUUGUUCCUUUGUGACAGGGUGUGGUUGUUCAGGCUUAGGUUGGAACAAACUCAGGAAGUCUGAGUUUUAUACAAGCUAUAUAUAGUCUUGUGGCCAGCAUCUUCCUGUUCUGAGCACGUUUACUUUCUCAUCAAGGCAAAUACAUCAGCGACAGCAGUGAAACAAACGUGACUGUAUUGAGCAUCGAUAAUGGAAUCUCCAUGUCACAUCUUGUGGAUAGAACUAGGAUAUGAUCCGGACCGCUUCAGUCUUGUCAAAAACUAUAAUGAUGACUACAAGGGAAAUUCCAAAAUUGGAGACCUCUUUGUUAUAGAAACAGAUGAUAGAGAGUUCUAUCAUGCUGGAGUGUACUAUUCUAAAGAUGAGAUUCUUCACUUCAUGAAAGCAAGUUCCAGUCAAGAUCAAAUACACUUUGACAAGGUGGAGGUCUUUUCUAGAGGAAAGAAAUUUGCAAUUUAUAGGAAGAAAGAUGAAAUCUCUGAAUAUACCGUCAAACAGAAUUUUCAUAAACUAGUGGCAACAAAGCCGCAGUUUCACAUUGAAUACUACAACAGCAUUCAUUUUGCCUCGGACGUUCUUUGUGUAAUGCAAUUAACCCAGGACAACUUGCUGACUGGACUGGGACAUGCUCCAAGGGGUUUCAGUCGUGUCAAAUACUUUGAUGAUGACUACAGUGGAAAUUCUGAAAUUGGAGACCUCUUUAUUGUGAAAUCAGAUAUCCCAGCGAUAUAUCAUGCUGGAGUGUACUAUAAAAAAGAGGAGAUUGUUCAUUUCAGAAAAAAGACUACACAAUCAAGAUCCUCCGGCUCAUCAAGCAAUCCUAGCCCAGGUUUGACAAUAUAGAGGGCUUUUCUGGAGGACAGAAAUUUGCAGUUUAUAGGAAGAAAGGUGUAAACUUUGCAUCACUUGAAGACAAUAUUAAAAAACUAAUCAGGACAAAUCCAGUGUAUGAUCUUUUAACCUACAACUGCAUUCAUUUCGCCAUGGAGGUUCUUGGUGUAACGAAAGACGGGAGAGAAGAUCGUAAACAACUUCAGUUGUAACUACUGGAAACACUGAUUUAAAUCAGUGAUCCUGAUCAGCUGACCGGAUGCUGUUGCUGAUGGACGGACAGAUGGGCCACGCCUCUGAGGAUGAAAGAAGCAGAUUUCAUUCUGUUUUAUAUGUGAAUGUGUUUCAUCAAUAAUAUUUCUGCUAUAGCUGUAUUUGUCUGUAUUUACUCUUAUUUUAAAAUAAUAGCUACUGACUGAUUACUUCAAAAGCAAGCUAAACAGCAACAGCUAACAAGCAAGUUAAAAUAAUUUUAUUUUAAAAUCUUGACUGACAUUUUACUGACUUUUUCACUGUAGUAUGAAUAGAUGUUUGUUUUAGUCUCAGUGCAUCACCAUGCACUCUGUCUGUAGUUAUUGAACUGGAUAUUAUUAUUAAUUAAUUACAAUGGAUAAGAACCUGAUAGUUAUUUAGUUCUGAUCAGUCAUGCUAGAUGAAUGAGUCACACACUUGUACUCUUUUUAUUUUAGCUCAGCUUAUUGACUGUCUAAAGAAUCCAAAUCAAUAAAGAGAUAAAGAAAUGUUAAA